GAAAACAAUACAUACACAGAUAGAUACAGGUUUCUGAUAAGAUAAGCUCGCCGACUCAAUUACCCAGUUUUCCGCCUCUUCUCCCCCAAUUCAAAAUCAGCUAAAUGUGGAUCAAUACACACACCGUCAAUUGAAUACUAUUUUCCCAUACCGAUUUUAGUUUUUUUUUUUUUUUUUUAGCAAGAAAUUAUUAGUGUUAUGGCAUUUGAUCAGACCUCAAUGCCCAAAAAUUUACGCCCAUUCAAUGUAGUGAGAAAUUUAUCCGAUGACCCAAGAAUCGCUCCUGUAACCUCAUCAAUUAGACCCAUUGAAGGGUUUUACACACACACUCCCACAGAUAUUGGAGCCGUGCCUGCGGUUUAUUACCAAACCACCCUCCGGCUUUCUCCAACGGUGUUAGCGAGUGGGUCCCGCAUAUUGUGCCACCUCAACCCCAGCCCCGGCCCCAGCUCCAACAAGGUCUUGUGGGCCCCACCGCAGUUAAUUCCGCGAGCGGGUACACUUAUAGUCCGAGUUUUGGUAGUGAUGGGAGUGGCGGCGAUACUUCUGCCUCUGUUUGGAAAAUUAAGUUCUUGUGCAGUUUCGGUGGGAAGAUACUGCCACGUGUGAGUGACGGUGCGUUGUGAUACGUAGGAGGACACACUAGGAUUAUCAGUGUUAGAAGAGACAUCCCUUUCGUCGAGUUCUUACACAAGAUGGCCGAUACGUUGGGACAGAGUGUGGUGAUUAAGUAUCAGUUGCCAGAUGAAGAUCUCGAUGCACUCGUCUCCGUUUCUUGUCCGGACGAUCUCGAAAACAUGAUGGAUGAAUACGAGAAGCUUCUAGAAAGAUCUUCGGAUGGUUCGGCUAAAAUGAGGAUACUUUUGUUUUCGCCUUCCGAGCUCGAAAAUGCUAGUUUUGAAGAUUUGGAGGAUGGUGGGAAUAGGUAUGUUGAAGCUGUGAACGGGAUUAUGGAUGGUUUUAACCGUCUUGCAAGAAAGGAGAGUAUUGAGAGUGGUAAUUCUGCAAGGAGUUCCGAUUUAAGUGGUACAGAAGGUGCUGAUAGCUUAGGCCAAGUUAGUGGUGGUUUUUCGCCCAAGGGGAUUUCGGUUGUUCAGCUCGAGACAGCGCCGAAAGUGGUUAAUGUUGAUCCUAGUACUAUGCCGUAUGCUGCUCCGACAACGGUAGGUGUUGUCUCUGAGCAAGACUUAGGGUUGCCUAGUGCGAGUUUUCCAGUAUCCUCACCGUACACACACACGCAGGCAAUUCAAGAAAAUCCGAACCAUGCAAACUAUGUCCAACUCCCUUCCCAAAUGGGGUUCCCUUCGCAUAUUUUAGGACAUGUCCAACCUAUUUACGCUCAGCAGCCUAUCCAUAUGGGUGUCGGAGUUUCUCCUCAUCAGUUUUCUCCUGCCUCUCAUAUGACACCAAAUCCAUCGUUUAUAAGCACUAGUAAUGCAGUUGCUGAGGAUGUAGCUGCUUCUGUUCUUGGUUCAUCUGUUGAUGUUCAAACUGCUAAUGUCGUAACACAGCAAACAGACGAUUUUGGGGUUCGAGAUUCCUCCAAGAAUAUUCUUUUUUUUUUUCUUCCCCAAGGUUUCAGUAUUUACGAGGCUUACUUGUUUUAUCUUCACUCAGGAAUUCAAGACCAAAUUGUCGGAGAAAAUAAAUUUCGGGCUGUCAAUUUAAUCAAUUAAACAAUUAAACUAAUUAACAACGAGCUAUCUUGUCUCUUGACAA